UUUCUUCACUUAUUGGAAAAGUUGCAAGUGCCAUGAUUAUCUGUGGUUCUUCACAAAGAAAGAAACUAAACUGUUGAAAAUGUCAAAAAAGAUGAAAUUGAAUCCCUCCGAGAAAAAAACAGAAAAGGCACUCGACGUAACGGUUCGGAACCUAAACAACACGGCGUCCAAACCCUUAAACCCUGAGCCCCCCAACGUCCAGAAUAAAGAAAACCCCUACUUGCAACUUCGGGGCUGUUUAGAUCCAUGACAGAAAAACCCAAGCACUUGCUAGACAGUGUCUCGGAGUCUCCUAAAAGGCCUCCCGAAGUCCCAAAAACCGCCUCCGAGUACAUAAGCGCCGACGAAGAGGAACAACAGCAACAAGUAUCUAUGAGUCCGAACCCGGGAAAUGGAAUUCAACGCUACCUGGUCGCGAUCGAGUAUAUUGGGACUCGUUUUUCUGGGUCUCAGCACCAGCCUAAUUGCCGUACGGUUGUUGGCGCUCUUAAGGAAGCUUUUCGUAAAUUUAUUGGCCAGCCAGUUUCAAUUUGUUGUUCAAGUCGAACUGAUGCAGGAGUGCAUGCCGUAUCAAAUGUCUGUCACAUAGAUGUUCAGCGCAUAAGCAAAAGGAAGCCUGGGGAAGUGUUACCACCUCAUGAGCCUAAUGUGGUCAGAAGAGCUGUGAACCAUUUCUUACAGAGGAAUGAAGGUGAUAUAAUGGUGAUUGAUGUCCGAUGUGUUCCAGCAGAUUUUCAUGCUAGAUUCAAAGCUCAAGAGCGCACGUAUUUCUACCGCUUGCUAUCUGGGCCAGAGCCUUUGUCGAUUUUUGAGAAGGACCGGGCGUGGCAUGUUCCUGAGGAAUUAGAUAUUCCUUCUAUGCAGGAAGCAUGCAAAGUUCUUGUUGGCCAUCAUGAUUUUAGCUCCUUUAGAGCAGCUGGUUGUCAGGCAAAAUCACCAAUUAGAACUUUAGAUGAACUCAAUGUUACCGAGGUAGUUUCAACUCCAUAUUUUCCAUCACUGAUUGAGAGGAGACAAGAGAAUUUAACCAAGGCAGAUGUUUGCGCAAGCUCUAACAAGCCUGAGAAUGACCUGCCUCUUAGAUCCAUUGAGGGGGCAAGUGACUAUAAUGGUGCAACUGUUCUUGGAUUUGGCGCAAGGAGAAGGCAUCGUUGCUUUGUGAUAACAGCACGGGCACGUUCUUUUCUUUACCACCAGGUUAGACUGUUCGUUGGUGUUCUUAAAGCUGUUGGGACUGGAGGAUUAGCAAUCUCGGAUGUUGAAAGAAUCCUAAAUGCAAAGACUGUGACUGCUGCUAGUCCCAUGGCCCCUGCCUGUGGUCUCUACCUUGGGCGUGUAAAAUAUGAUCUGCCAAGAGAGGAGUAAAAGGAGCCGUGGUUUUGACUGAACUGCAAUUUCUCAAAAAAAAAAACGGAGAGAUGCACCGAGGCUUUGAGAGAUUGGUGACUAAGUCGUGGGAAGGAAAUGCAAAGUUAUAUUCUGCAACGUAAUUGUCUGGAAUUUGUAAGCACCUAGAUGUGCAGAAGCUUGCAUCUCCAAAAUUAGUGAAGAUUGAGAGCUCAUUCUUCUGUAAUCUUUAAAUUAAGCUUUAUAUGACUUUCUUUAUGGCUGGCCACGCCCCGCACAAUACACUUGUAUUGCAUGUAGGAUAAAAUUAUGAAUAAAAUAAAAAAGAAAAAUCUAGUUACAAACAA